AGGUGUAGUGCGUCCGGCUUUUCUUGAAUUAGUUUAUUGUUUGAAUAAUUAAAUUUAAAUUCGCGAAACUAAACUUAGGUAUAUAUAUUACAGUUUUAUACGUGAUGCGGCCAGUCUAUGGUCGAUCUUAAUAUAUAAGGAAAACAAAAGUUUAUUUUUAUGAUUAAUAGUGAAUUUAUUAUUUUUAUUGACUAUUUUGAAAAAUGUUGUGGUUUCUUUUAGUUUUAUUAUUUAUUUUAUGUUUUUUCGAAAGACUUUUAAGUUCUAAGACAUUUGAAUCUAUACCAGGUCCGAAAGGGCUAUAUUUAUUACAUAAUGCACUGGAUUUUACGAUGGCUCCUGCCAAGCUAUUUUAUCAUUUCAGAGGCUUAUCAAACACAUAUAAGCGUUUAUAUAAAUUACGCUUGGGCCCUGUCAAAGUGAUUAUAGUCCACCAUCCAGAGGAUGUAGAGGCGGUUAUACAGGGAACAAAAUAUAAUUCGAAAGGUUACUUAUACAGCUUUAUAGAGCCUUGGUUAAAAGAUGGCCUACUGCUUAGCAAAGGUAAAAAGUGGCAUAUACGAAGGAAAAUGAUGACGCCUGCAUUUCAUUUUAACAUUUUGAAUAACUUCAAACCAGUCAUAGAAAGGAAUGCUGAAAGUCUAUUAAAAGACAUUCAAAAUGAAAUCAGUAAGCCCGAAACGGAUAUCUCGCCUCUAAUUAAUAAUUUUGCUCUAAACUCUAUAUGUGAAACAGCCAUGGGUACCGCUUUAGAUAAAGAAAGCAAUAGCUUCUCAAAAAAAUACAAAGAGAGCAUUUACAAGUUAGGCCAAUAUGCCGUAUACAGAGCACAGAGAAUAUGGAUGUAUCCAGAUUUUAUAUUUAAUUUAACUCGCAUUGGUCGAAAACAAAAGGAAAUAUUAAAAAUUCUAACAUCAUUUCGGAGAAAAGUUGUCGAAAAAAGAAGAGAAUAUGGUAUUAAACUUCAAAUAGAACAGGAUCAAAUAUUAGAUGAUGAUAGUUAUAAUGUUGAAGGUGGAAAGAGGAGAAUGGUAUUAUUAGAUAUACUUUUACAAGCAGAAAAGGAUGGUUUCAUUGAUGACAAAGGUGUUGGUGAAGAGGUCGACACAUUUAUGUUUGGGGGCCAUGAUACAACUUCAAUUGCUUUGAAAUUUACACUGAUGUUACUUGCUAAUCAUCAAGAAGCCCAGGACAAAAUCAUAGAAGAAUACAAAUCAAUAUUAAAUUCGAUGAGUUGUCCUGUAACGAUAGGGGACUUAUCACAAAUGAAAUAUUUGGAAUGCUGUAUAAAAGAGAGUCUACGAUUAUACCCGCCCCUUCCAACAAUCACGAGAAAUAUUGACCAAACAUUGAAAUUAGGUAAUUACGAGGUGCCGUCUGGAACGGAGUGCGUUAUUCUUAUUUACGACCUGCACCGGCGGACUGAUCAAUUCGAUGAACCCCUGGAAUUCAGACCUGAAAGAUUUCAAAAGGAACCCACUUGGCACCCCUAUGCUUACAUACCAUUUAGUGCUGGACCAAGAAAUUGUAUAGGGCAGAAAUUUGCUAUGAUGGAAUUAAAGUUGGCGCUACUCUCCAUACUCCGUCGCUUCCGAAUUCUACCAGUGACAACCCCACGUGAUAUUAUUUUAAUUACGGAUUAUGUACUGCGAGUUAAACAACCAAUUUAUGUUAAAUUCGAAGAAAGAUUCCCUGAAAAUGUUCAAUAAAUAUAGCUCAUCAA